GAUUUAUGGGGUCGCAAAGAGUCGGACAUGACUGAGCGACUGAACUGAAACAGUUUUCAGUCUCUAAAAGUUUCAAAGUUUAGGUUUCAGUUUGGGGGACCUAGUUACCUCAAAAGAUGUCAUGUUUAAAAACAUGUCACAUUGUCUCCUACAGAUAGAAUCUUGAGAGAUGCAGUUGAAGAAAGGAUCUAUACAAGAAUCCCUUUUCCUCUGCCCAGAGGACUUGAGGAGGAAUGCAUAAAAGCUUAGCCCUGUGAUGAACUCAGCACUACCUCCCUUCAUCGGACAGAAACUGUACCUUUUCUCAACUCGGUAUCACCAGCACCCCACACAAGAGCUUUACUGUCUGACACAAUGAAGGUCUAUGGAAAGAAAUUUGGGUUUUAAAGCGGCGAAUGAUUUUCAGAGUCAAAAGAGAUGGACUUAGAUAGCAAGGUGGCUGUUCUACCCUGUUCUGAAGGUGAGGGCACGUACAAGAAACCACAGGAAAAAACGUGACACAUCUGCAGGGAGCAAAGUACAUUCAUUUCAUUCGAUUAUUUACCAGGGAAGGUUGUUAACAUAUAAAAAUCUAACGCAGCUAUAUUAUCGGACGACAAAACCCGAAAUCUACGUGAAUUUGCAACAUAAAUCAGGAAGCCCAGACUCGUCCGUCGUGGCCCGAGUCCCCACCCUGCCUAUAGGAGUCGAAACUGGAAGCUUCAGUCUCUCUUUUUCCUAGGUUACCCCAGGACACUCGGGCGGGAAUGAAUCGCACCGAGCAGUGCCGUCUUCCAGCCUGGGCUAAGCACCGGCUCCAGAGCUGCGGGACCCCAAAGGCCUGAGCUCGGCUUACGACCCGCCCCGCCCCGGGCCGUUAGUGUGACCCGGCCCUUCCUGAACUGUGAACCUGGCCCUACCGGCGCCGCGGGCCCCAGAGCGCUUUCCUGCGUACGGUGGGUGGGGCUUUUAAAGGCCGUUCACGCAAAGGCCAACGGCGCUAAGAUGGUGUCCGCUGGGCGCCCCGGGACGGUUUCCUGAAGGAUUCGCGGGCCCAGCGGUGGGAGGGAAGAGGCAGAAGUCCAGCGCCUGGUCUCACACAGGUAGGAGGUAGGGAGCCUAUAAGUUCUGAGGUCCGAGGGCCAAACCCCAACCAAGUACGCCGUGGGAGCGAACAAAUGUUGGAAAGGAAAACGCCGAACGCAGAAAGGCGGAACUGUCUCAUGGUCACCAUUUCGCGACGUCUAAGUGACUGACGUCGCACAGCAAGCACGUAUUCUGCUCUUUCACCUUCAGACAGCCUCCUCAUUGUAAGAGCCUACGCCUUUAAGCGAGUGAUGGACAGUUAUUUCGGCCUAUCAACUUCAUCAUCAACAUCCAAUCAGAUUUAAACUUCUUUCAGCCGCCGGAGGAGUUGGAAGAAAGGCAUCGAAAGAGGGAGCUUUCUCUCUCUCGCGAGAUCGCUGUGAGCCGGCCUCUCAGAAAAAAAAAAAAUGCUAGAACAUAUGGCCUGACUUCCCAAAUAGUAGGUUAAAGGACGGGGUCAUAAACCAAUGAAAGUUAUGAGGAGGCGGGAUCACUGCUUUCUCCCCGCAAGAAGUACCGUUAGAGGGCAGACUUUUUGUCCAAUCAACGCCUCCAGACUUUGGGUCAGGUGACCGUCGAGUGCAAGGGGCGGAGCUACAGUCUGGCGCGAGGAACCGUUAAGAUGGACAACGAAUAUAACCAAUGAGGUACUCUGACUAGGGCGUUGAGAACCCAAUAACAGUGGUUGGGCGGGCGCCUUCCCGGAGCGCGGGGAGAUGUAAAGACAGACAAAUAGUUUUCCCAAUGAGACUGUAGAAGAGCGGAGCUAAUUGACCAAUGAAGACUGCGGGGCGGGACCCUCUGCCGCGGCAGAGUCCAAGAUGGCGGCGUGCGGUUCCGCUGUGUGAAACCAGCGCGGGGCGGCGGGUUAGUCAGUUCCGCGGAGAAGAUCUCCGACGCCCCGCUACCAUGAAGGGAAAAGAGCGCUCUCCGGUCAAGCCGAAACGCUCCCGUGGUGGUGAGGAUUCGACUUCCCGCGGGGAGCGGAGCAAGAAGUUAGGGGGCUCUGGUGGCAGCAAUGGGAGCAGCAGCGGAAAGACCGACGGCGGCGGCGGGUCGCGGCGCAGCCUUCAUCUGGACAAGUCUAGUAGCCGAGGUGGUAGCCGCGAGUACGACACUGGAGGGGGCAGCUCCAGUAGCCGCUUGCAUAGUUACAGCUCCCCAAGCACCAAAAAUUCCUCGGGCGGGGGCGAGUCGCGCAGCAGCUCCCGGGGUGGAGGCGGGGAGUCACGUUCCUCUGGGGCCGCCUCUUCGGCUCCUGGCGGCGGCGAUGGCGGGGAAUACAAGACACUGAAGAUAAGCGAGUUGGGGUCCCAGCUGAGUGACGAAGCAGUGGAGGACGGAUUGUUUCACGAGUUUAAACGCUUCGGUGAUGUAAGUGUCAAAAUCAGUCAUCUCUCGGGUUCUGGCAGCGGGGAUGAGCGAGUAGCCUUUGUGAACUUCCGGCGGCCAGAGGACGCGCGGGCGGCCAAGCAUGCCAGAGGCCGCCUAGUGCUCUAUGACCGGCCUCUGAAGAUAGAAGCUGUGUAUGUGAGCCGGCGCCGUAGCCGCUCCCCUUUAGACAAAGAUUCCUAUCCUCCUUCAGCCAGUGUGGUCGGGUCCUCUGUAGGUGGUCACCGGCACCCCCCUGGAGGAGGUGGUGGAGGCCAGAGAUCACUUUCCCCUGGUGGUGCAGCCUUGGGAUACAGAGACUACCGGUUGCAGCAGUUGGCCCUUGGCCGCCUGCCCCCUCCACCUCCGCCACCACUGCCCCGAGACCUGGAGAGAGAGCGAGACUACUCGUUCUAUGAGAGAGUGCGCCCAGCCUACAGUCUUGAGCCAAGGGUGGGAACUGGAGCAGGUGCCGCUCCUUUCAGAGAAGUAGAUGAGAUCUCACCCGAGGAUGAUCAGCGAGCUAACCGGACGCUUUUCUUGGGCAACCUAGACAUCACUGUGACAGAGAGUGAUCUAAGAAGGGCUUUUGACCGUUUCGGAGUCAUCACAGAGGUAGACAUCAAGAGGCCUUCUCGGGGCCAGACCAGUACCUAUGGCUUUCUCAAAUUUGAAAAUCUAGAUAUGUCUCACCGGGCCAAACUAGCGAUGUCUGGCAAAAUUAUCAUUCGGAAUCCUAUUAAAAUUGGCUAUGGCAAAGCUACACCGACCACCCGCCUUUGGGUAGGUGGCCUGGGUCCUUGGGUGCCUCUUGCUGCCCUGGCACGGGAGUUUGACCGGUUUGGCACCAUACGCACCAUUGACUACCGCAAAGGUGAUAGUUGGGCAUAUAUCCAGUACGAAAGCCUGGAUGCAGCUCAUGCUGCCUGGACCCAUAUGAGGGGCUUCCCACUUGGUGGCCCAGAUCGUCGCCUUAGAGUAGACUUUGCAGACACAGAACAUCGUUACCAGCAGCAAUAUCUGCAGCCUCUGCCGUUAACUCAUUAUGAACUGGUGACAGAUGCUUUUGGACACCGGGCACCAGACCCUUUGAGGGGUGCUCGGGAUAGGACACCACCCUUACUGUACAGAGAUCGUGAUAGGGACCUUUAUCCUGACUCUGAUUGGGUUCCACCCCCACCCCCAGUCCGUGAACGCAGCACUCGGACUGCAGCUACGGCUGUGCCUGCUUAUGAGCCACUGGAUAGCCUGGAUCGCAGGCGGGAUGGCUGGUCGUUGGACCGGGACAGAGGUGACCGAGAUCUGCCCAGCAGCAGAGACCAACCUAGGAAGCGAAGGCUGCCUGAGGAGAGUGGGGGUCGGCAUCUGGAUAGGUCCCCAGAGAGUGACCGUCCACGAAAACGUCAUUGCGCGCCUUCUCCUGACCGCAGUCCAGAAUUGGGCAGUACCCGGGAUCGCUACAAUAGCGACAACGAUCGAUCUUCCCGUCUUCUCUUGGAAAGGCCAUCUCCAAUCAGAGACCGACGAGGUAGUUUGGAGAAGAGCCAGGGUGACAAGCGAGACCGUAAAAACUCCGCAUCAGCUGAACGGGAUAAGAAGCACCGGACAACUGCUUCCACGGAGGGUAAAAGCCCUCUGAAAAAAGAAGAUCGGCCUGAUGGGAGUGCAUCCAGCACCAGCACUGCUUCAUCGAAGCUGAAGUCCCCUUCCCAGAAACAGGAUGGGGGGACCGCCCCUGCAGCAGCAGCAUCUCCCAAACUCUGUUUGGCCUGGCAGGGCAUGCUUCUGUUGAAGAACAGCAACUUUCCUUCCAACAUGCAUCUGUUGCAGGGUGACCUCCAGGUGGCUAGUAGUCUUCUUGUGGAGGGCUCAACUGGAGGCAAAGUGGCCCAGCUCAAGAUCACUCAGCGUCUUCGUUUGGACCAGCCCAAGUUGGAUGAAGUAACGCGACGCAUCAAAGUGGCAGGGCCCAAUGGUUAUGCUAUUCUUCUGGCUGUGCCUGGAAGUUCUGAUAGCAGGUCGUCUUCUUCCUCAGCCACAUCAGACACUGCCACCUCUACUCAGAGGCCACUUAGGAACCUCGUGUCCUACUUAAAGCAAAAGCAGGCCGCUGGGGUGAUCAGCCUCCCUGUGGGGGGCAACAAAGACAAGGAAAACACCGGAGUCCUUCAUGCCUUUCCACCCUGUGAGUUCUCCCAGCAGUUCCUGGAUUCCCCUGCCAAGGCACUGGCCAAAUCUGAAGAAGAUUACCUGGUCAUGAUCAUUGUCCGUGCAAAACUGGUGAACAACGGAUGAAGACAUGGAAUUCAAAGCUCUAAUGGACCUUUUUGAAGAGAAGUUGUGGCUUAUGUGAAGUUUACAUGGGCCUCUUGAUGGAAGAAAGCUAAUCUGUUUAGUAUUUGUGCAUUUUACUAAAAUGGCAGCUUAAAGUUGUGUAUCUGCUAUUGUGAUGCCAAUGCCGGUGUUUUAAGUGGAAAAAAAAAUGACCUUGCUUUGUGCUGUGUACACAAGAUUUCUGGAAAAGAAAAACCCUUUUUAUGGCUCACACAGCUUAAAAGUAGCUGUCACUCAAACGUGCGCUCACAGUUGAGCUGCUUUUGUUUUAUUCUAAAUAAAUUGUUUCUUUUGAGGAAAAUGUU